AGACCGCGACGCACUGCAUUCUGGGUUGGCGCAGCCAUGGCGGCUCGUGUCCUUUCCGUCUGUGUCCGCCGCCUGCCCGCGGCCUUCGCGCCGCUGCCCCGGCUUCCCACACUGGCCUUGGCCCGGCCACUCAGCAUCACUGUCUGCCCUGAGGGAACCCGGAGGAGGUCCGGGACUCUGCAGUCCUCCCUGGCCCUCACGCAGGUGCCUGGAAGGGUCACACAUUUGUGCCGCCAGUACAGUGACGCACCCCCUUUGACGUUAGAGGGAAUUAAGGACCGAGUGCUGUAUGUCUUGAAACUCUAUGACAAGAUUGACCCAGAAAAGCUCUCAGUAAAUUCUCAUUUUAUGAAGGACCUGGGCUUAGACAGUUUGGACCAAGUGGAGAUUAUUAUGGCCAUGGAAGACGAAUUUGGAUUUGAAAUUCCUGAUAUAGAUGCAGAGAAGUUAAUGUGUCCACAAGAAAUUGUAGAUUACAUUGCAGAUAAGAAGGAUGUAUAUGAAUAAAGUUUCAGAGCCUUCUUCCUCAUCCGGAGGACUCCAAGAAUGCCCGAUUGCAUCAUGGCUGACUGACAGCGGUUCUGUUGGACUUGUAUUUAAAUUGUCUGAGUGUUUUACCCUUUAAAAAUAAAUCUAUUAUAAAACUAACAUUUUUCUCAGUCUUCAGUUUCCUUUUUCUUUUUUGAAACAAUCUUGUUCUGGCCUGAACUCAUUCAUUAGCACAGCUAACCUCCCAAGUGCUAAGAUUAUAGGUUUGAACCACUCUGUUCCACCUAAUUUUUAAUCUUACUGAUUUUGCUUAGUGCUUUUAAAGAUCUGUCAUCGAUAACCAUGCAUAUCAAAAAUACAGCCUAGGGUACUGUGCUGGGCAGCUAGGGUGAAUAAUAAAAAGUAAUGUAUUUUGUGUAAAAAUGCCACAAUGAAACCCAUUAUUUUGUAU